CCUAUUAAUAUCUUGGAUUUAUAGCAUUCACUCUCACUUAUAUGUAUAGCAGACGACCUAUCCAAAAAUUGGGACAGAAAAGUACUGGGGAUAGGAAACUAGAACAUCUCAUCUGGAUGUUAAUAUGAGGCAUUGAGGCAUAUUUUCCUUGGGAAGAGACAAAGAGACAUUCUUAUUUGAUCGAGCAAACAGGGUAUGGUUUAUUUCCGUGAAGACAUUCUGACAAAGGUGAGCAAUUUACUUCCUCCACAAAAAGACAACGAUAACGUCACAACAUUCCCCUUUGGGAGAAACGGGUCAACUAGUCACUGUCUUAGCAAUCUCUGAAACCUCACGUUUACCUUUGAAAAGGCCGCUGGAAAUUAUCAAACAAAAUAAAAUAAUCACGCAGCUGUUGGCAUAUUUCCUGGUGUUGACAUGAAGUCCACAGUUUUCUACCUAGUGCCUUACAGAAAACCAACGGCAUUAUCAAGGACGUUUUCUAUUUACAUAUGUGUGACAAUACUAUUUACUGCUGUUUAUAUCAGUAUAAAUUGGCAAUUUGACGAGUCAAAAAACCGGCCUAUUGCCAAGGCGUCCUCUAAUAAACCUGACGUGCCAGAUUGUGUUCCGCCUGAUCUUAAACUCUUCCCUCCUGAAAUCAUGGCGUUUAGGAAGAAAGUGGAUACAGUGCGAUGUAACCGGGAUGCACGCCCGAACUGGGUUUACGUCGAAAAUGGAAAAUAUCGCAUUUCUCGAGAAGCUACCGAGAGCCAGGGCACGGUUCGUUGCUCGUAUGUUCCAAUACUACGGGGCAUUGAUGACUACACCGUGGGCUUGGGAAGUAAAACAGGCUUCAUUGAUGGAGAUCCGUUAAAGUUUGAUUUUUCUGAAGUACACUGUACCUCUCCAACCACCGGAGAGAAUUACACCAACUUAGUGUCUGGGAUAGCGUACAACGCAUCUCUUUUCGCACGUGCCAACAGCACACCAGGCGCGCGGAACGCCAUGGGUUUUGAUGUUCUAAUGAUAGGCUACGAUAGCGUUUCUCGUCUAUCUUGGAUGCGCAGCCUGCCCAAGACUUAUCAGUACUUCACCAAGGACCUGAAGGGAACUGUUCUCGAAGGAUACAACAUCGUUGGUGACGGUACCACACACGCGCUUUUCCCUAUGCUUACGGGUCUCACUGAAGAGGAGCUUCCGGAAUCCAGGCGCGGGAAACCCGGUGCUGUGUCUGUUGAGGGAUUCCCAUUUGUCUGGAAGGAUUACAAAAAGCAUGGCUUUAUCACUCAGUGGGCUGAGGAUGAACCCAACCUUGGGGCUUUUCAUUACAGAUUGCUUGGGUUUAAUGAAACACCUACAGACCACUACAUGCGUGUGUUCUACUUGAGAAAAAAUGAAGUAUCGAAGAUGUUCCAGAGAUUUUGCCUUGGUUCCGUGUCCAGCCACCAAAACCAGUUAAACUGGAUCAAAGAAGCUUUUUUGAUGUACCGGGACAACCCCAAAUUUAUUUUUAGUUUUCACGGUGAAUAUAGUCAUUAUAGACAUGACACAAAAAUUCAAAACGCCGAUGAAGAACUUGCUGAAUUUCUUAAGAACCUCAAAAAAGAUGGUCAUCUUGAUACAACUGUGCUUAUUUUAAUGGCAGAUCACGGUGCUCGCUUUGGAAUUUUGCGAGAGACUUUUCAAGGAAAGCUGGAAGAACGCUUGCCCUUCUUUUCAUUUCGUUUUCCUAUGAAAUUUCGAAAGCUUUAUCCCGAGGCUUAUAGAAAUUUUCUUAUCAAUGCGAAGCGCCUGACAUGCCCGUUUGAUAUACACGCCACUUUUAUGGACAUGUUGAAUUAUAAUAAGCACUCAGAGACUGAGAAAGGGAAACUAAAACGCGGCAUCAGUCUUUUUAAAGAGAUUCCUCUUCAACGGACAUGCGCUGAUGCGGGGAUAGAGCCUCAUUGGUGCGCGUGUCAAAAAUGGGAAAAUAUAACCAUUAGUCACUCGGAUGUCACUAAAGCUACUAGUGAGGUUUUGUCAACAAUAAACAAAAUGACCAUAGAGAAGAAGGACGAAUGCGAACGCCUAAGAGUAGAACGAGUAAUUUCAGCCAUAAAAAUGUCUCCAGAUAAUGCGAAAGUAUUGACCUAUUUAAUGGCUUCUGAUUAUGACGGUCGAGUGCCUAAAUAUUCCAUAAAUGAGACAGUCUUCUCGAUCGAAAAUGGCACGUUCUAUCAAGUUACCAUAGAAACACACCCAGGACUUGGGCGUUUCGAGGCUACGGUAUACCAAAUGCCAGACGGAAAAACCUUCAAAUGCAGUGACAGCUCCAUCAGUAGAAUAAACAAGUAUGGCAAGCAACCACACUGCGUAAUGAGGGCUUUCCCACAUCUCCGACCUUACUGUUACUGCAAAAAGCAGAAAAACUGAGACGCGGUAAGCGCAGAUACUCAAGACAUUCUUCAUUACGCGCCAUACUAACUAAGUAAGUGAAGAUGUCUUGAAUUCAAUUACCUUAAAAUGAUCUCGAGAAAUUAAAACUUAAAAAGCUAUUUAAUUUGUGCCGGUGUGGCUGGCAACCGUUUUGUUCACUGGGCAAGGUGCCAAGCAAGAUUAUCAUAGA